CCUGACCAGUUCAAGGCCAAGUUCCCCUUCGGUGGCCUGCUAGAUUCUAUGCAAACCUCCGAGACCUCCAAGCUGCAGCAGCUGGUGGAGAACAUCGACAAGAAGAUGACAGACCCCAACCAGUGCGUCAUCUGCCACCGCGUGCUGAGCUGCCAGAGCGCCCUCAAGAUGCAUUACCGGACGCACACGGGGGAGAGGCCCUUUAAGUGCAAGAUCUGUGGCCGUGCCUUCACCACGAAAGGCAACCUCAAGACCCACUUCGGGGUCCACCGCGCCAAGCCACCACUGAGGGUCCAGCACUCCUGCCCCAUCUGCCAGAAGAAGUUCACCAAUGCCGUGGUCCUCCAGCAGCACAUCCGGAUGCACAUGGGGGGCCAGAUCCCCAACACACCGCUGCCGGAGGGCUUCCAGGAUGCCAUGGACUCAGAGCUCUCCUACGAUGAGAAGAACCUCGAUGCCCUGAGCAACUUCGAUGACGACAUCGACGAGAACUCGAUGGAGGAGGACCCGGAGCUGAAGGAUGUGGCCAGCGACUCCUCCAAACCUCUCAUAUCCUACUCUGGGUCCUGCCCAUCGUCACCGCCAUCCGUGAUCUCCAGCAUCGCCGCCCUGGAGAACCAGAUGAAGAUGAUCGACUCCGUCAUGAACUGCCAGCAGCUGGCCGGCUUGAAAUCCAUGGAGAAUGGCUCGGGGGAGAGUGACCACCUGAGCAAUGACUCCUCGUCGGCCGUGGGCGACCUGGAAAGCCAGAGUGCAGGCAGCCCUGCCAUGUCCGAGUCCUCUUCCUCCAUGCAAGCUCUGUCUCCUGUCCACAGCAACAGCGAGAGCUUCAGAUCCAAGUCCCCGGGGCUCAGCACCCAGGAGGAGCCGCCGGAGAUACAACUCAAGACAGAGAAGCCGGACAGCCCCCUACCCGCCGGUGAAAAUGGAGGCGCCUUGGACCUGACCUCCACCACUGCCGCCGCCACUGCCACCCCCCUCCUCAGCACCCCGGGCAGGCCGACGAUCAAAGAGGAGGCUCCUUUUAGCCUGCUGUUCCUGAACAGAGAACGUGGUCCCAGCCAAAGUACUCCUAGCCUGGUCACCAGCACCGCACCCACCACGAUCAAAGUGGAAGUGAACGGCCACGGCAAGCCGAUCUCUUUGGGCGAGGUCGCCUCGCUCCCAGCUGGAAUCCAGGUUCCUGCUGCGCCACAGACAGUGAUGAGUCCGGGGAUCGCCCCCAUGCUGGCGCCCCCCCCUCGCCGGACCCCCAAGCAGCACAACUGUCAGUCGUGUGGGAAGACCUUCUCCUCAGCCAGCGCGCUGCAGAUACACGAGCGCACCCACACCGGUGAAAAACCCUUUGGUUGCACAAUCUGUGGUAGAGCUUUUACCACAAAGGGGAACCUGAAGGUUCACAUGGGGACCCACAUGUGGAAUAACGCCCCGGCCCGCCGGGGCCGCCGUCUCUCCGUCGAGAACCCCAUGGCCCUGCUGGGUGGCGACGCCCUCAAGUUCUCCGAGAUGUUCCAGAAGGACCUGGCUGCCCGCGCCAUGAACGUGGACCCCAGCUUCUGGAACCAGUAUGCCGCGGCCAUCACCAAUGGCCUGGCCAUGAAGAACAACGAGAUUUCUGUCAUACAGAAUGGAGGCAUCCCCCAGCUGCCCGGCAGCCUGGCCGGCGGCGCCAUCCCUGCCCUGGGCAGCCUGGCCGGCAGCAUGGACAAAGCUCGCACCGGCGGCAGCCCUCCCAUCGUCAGCCUGGACAAAGCCAGCCCUGAGACGGGAGCCAGCCGCCCCUUCACCAGGUUCAUCGAGGACAACAAAGAGAUUGGCAUCAAUUAA